AUGCCGGAUCAAACUCCGCCCACCGUGAUAACCACGCCUUCAUUCUCAGUCAUCCAGCUAAACUCCGCUCGCUGGUCGGGGCUCGCGCUCUCGAUCUCGUCAGUUGUAUACCGUGGUCCGAGUGGGUCAGUGUGUGUCCUUCCCUUAACUUUUGAGUUUACUUGUGGUUCCCUGAAAUCAGUCAAAAUUCGGGUAAAAAACAGAGACCCCGUUCCUGUGUACCAGAUGGAGCAUCCGGAGAUAGAGGAGGACGGCCGUAUGUCUGGUACCGACGACCGCGUGUCCGACAUGGAGCAGGAGGACAGCCUGGGCCUGCCGGGCGGCGGCCGCGACAGCCCCCUGAAGCCCGGCGUCGGCGUCUGCGGGGGCGGCAUGGAGGGGGAGGACAUCCUGGCCAAGCUCCGCCAGCAGGUCUCGGCGGCGUCCCUCUUCAGCCACACCCGGGAGAGCAUCCUGGGCGGCUCCCCUCCUCCCCCCGGCUCGCCCAACAACAACAAUAACAAUAAUAACAAUAACAAUAACGGACACAACCUCUACGACCGCCUCCACACCCUCCUGCAGGCGAAGAUGAAGAGGGAGGAGGACGGUGAGGGGGACGAGGACUCGCGCGACCUGGUGCUCCGGGCGGAGGCGCUGCAGAGGCAGAGGGAGUCGCUGCUGUCGUCGCCACAGGCGCUCAUGAACGCCAUGAGGGGCGGCGGGCCGCCCUCGCUGGUGCCCCCCGGGCCGCACCUGCCGUUCAUCCCCAGCACGGUCGGCCUCCCGCCCACCUCACAGAUGCCGCCCACGCCUGGGUCGGCUGGGUCACGCGACUCCUCCGGCAACGGCACACGCACGCCCUCGCACACGCCCGAGCCGCACCAGAGUCAGCAGUCCUGGAGCUUCGAGGAGCAGUUCAAACAGGUACGAGAACCUACGAAGCACUCGUCCUUUGAAGAAGACAAACGCAAGCUGUACGAGCUCAGCGAUGACUUAAAACGGAAGGAGUUUCUCGAUGAACUGUUCUCGUUCAUGCAGAAGAGAGGGACGCCCAUCAACCGGCUGCCCAUCAUGGCCAAGCAGGUCCUGGACCUGUACGAGCUGUACAACCUGGUGGUGGCGCGCGGCGGCCUCGUCGACGUCAUCAACAAGAAGCUGUGGCAGGAGAUCAUCAAGGGCCUCAAGCUGCCCUCGUCCAUCACCAGCGCCGCCUUCACGCUCAGGACGCAGUACAUGAAGUACCUGUACCCUUACGAGUGCGAGAAGAUGAAGCUGUCCAACCCGGCGGAGCUCCAGUGCGCCAUCGACGGCAACCGGCGCGAGGGGCGGCGGUCCUCCUACGGCACCUACGGGGACGCGGUGCAGCCCCCUCUCCUCCCCCUACAGAACCUGCAGUCUCUCCAGAACCUACAGAACCUACAGAACCCCCUCAGUCUCGUACCGCGACCACAGCUCAACGGCAACGGGAACGGGUCUCAUCCGCUGGCACCGCAGGACUAUCUCUUAGGUCGCGGAGGUUCUCCCCCGGGGUCGCAGGAGGCGCUGCUGGAGGCGACGCGACUCACCAUGUGGAAGCUGUACAACCAGGGCCUCGGCGGAGGCUUCCAGCACGAGGACGACGGGCCCAAGCUGCCCCCGCCCCCCCACCCCCUGGCGGGCAUCCCCUUCCCGCCGCAGAAGGAGGCGCUCAACCUCGACGUCAAGGAAGACGAUGUGCCGCCCCUUCUUGAUAACCGAGGAUAUCAGGCCUUCUGCUUGCAGCGGCCGGGGCGCGUCAAGGAGAGCGACCAGCGCAUCGACCUCAGGAACGACCUCCGCAACGACCUCCGCAACGACCUGCGCAACGACAUCCGCAGCCGCCUAGAAGAGGGGUCGUUGCCCCCCGCGCCCAAACGCCAGGCCCAGCAGGAGGACCCCCACGACCACCGCCUCCCUCCCCCCACCACCCCCGGGCCCCCAGGCCAGUCGGCCGCCAACAUCAAGAUCACUUCCAGGGGUGAGUCUCCAGGCGACGGCCGAAGCCAGGACCAGAGUUUAGUGGUGAGCAUGGAAAUCAACGGCAUUCUGUACCAGGGGGUUUUGUUUGCUCAGGCGCCCAGGGCCCGUUUCAGCUAAGGCGGCGCCCCCUGCCGACCACCUGGUAAACUUCCUCCUCCCGAGGGCUGAGGCUGGCGCAGGGCCCGCCCCCUACCCCCUGCCAGAUAGUCUAGGUCUGGGGGCUGCGGGCGGUACAGAAGUAGUCGUUGCUGGAGAUGUCACGGCCCGCGAAGUCACGGGACGUCGAGGCGCCUCGGACUUCGACGGCGCUCCAGCCACGCGACGAGACUUCCGCCAACUUCAGUCUUCUGUUCCCCCAAGGGCCGAGUCUCCCGGAGUCGAGCGCGCCGCGGGGGAAAUACCAUGUAAUAAAGUCAUUGUAGUGCUUAAUGAAACUUGGCGAAACCCUGAAUCAGGGUCACUUGUAUUUAUUUGUGUAAUUAUUACGAUGUUGUGUGAUGAUACUUGUACAGUAUUGUUCCGUGAGAGCAAGUGACGUAUUCCUGUUUCUCUCCUGUUGUUGUCGGGUCAGUUUAUGCUAAGACAACCGUGCGGUGAUCUCAUGAACCUAAUACUCAAGUCGGGGGGUUCUGAUGCUUCCUGCUGCGGGAGCCUCGGCGGAAGCGGCCCAGAAAGGCUCCAGAAGAGCGCGCUGACGUCUCCCCGUCAGUGUGGAGUUCCGUGAAGCACCGUAGAAGGCUGCAGCGUCCCCGCCUGUGGUUGCGAGAAGCUGUGGUGAUCCCAACAGAUGCUGCCAAAGACUGUAGUAUCCUCCAGACGCUGCCAGCGCCGCGGCGUCCUUCCUAGACUGCGGGAGACCACGCCGCCAACUGCAGGAGGCGCGGGACGGCAGGACGUCUCCAUUCCGGUGGACGAGAAGAUUCAAGCCACAGGUGUUUGUUCACUGGAUGACACAAGCACACUGCCAUGAACUGCCAUGAACACCGUGCGGCGGAUCGGAGGCCACCGCCGUCAGAACCGCCCCACCCACUCUAUACAUAUAUAUAUAUAUAUAAACACAUAGAAUCACUUGCCGCUCCCGACCGAACGCCUUCUCCAGGCGAGCCAGUCGGCGGCCGCGGAAAAUAAAAAUAAAAAGCCACCGUAGCGCCAGGUGUGGCCGAUCCUGUUAAUUUGUUGAUUGUUUCUGUUUGCAAUGUUUUGGUUGAACGCUGUUGAAUUGUGCGUUUUACGAAGUGUUGAGACUGAGCGCAGGCCGAGCGGGUGAGCACGGGCGCCUCGGCCGACGGCCCGGCCAGCGGGAGGGACCGCCCCCCGCCGGCCGGCACUGUGUGACUCGCGUGCGACGAUGACUUCGCACACGUUAGAAAUGUUGAUGUUGUGAGACAGACCCAGAAGAGACCACAUGUCAAGUCCUGAAAGCCUUGAUAACAGAGUGCAAUAUCCUGUUGUUACGAUGUGAAAGAUCUCAAAAUUGAAAAAAAAAAAUUCUUUCGAAUAUUCUUCGUACCUGAAUUGUUUUGACUAAAAAAAUUCCAGGUUAUGAUUUUUGUGUCUCCUAUUACCAUAUACAAAUUAGCUGACAAUUAGUCAAUUGUCUCCCGACCUUCUACAUUAAUCAGUAGCAUUUUUGUAAUGCCUUACAUUUUUUUAUUAGACUUAUUUUUGCUAGGAGGAAUAUUUACUGUUAGUUAGUCAUUGGUUAGGUUAGGUUGGUGUGCAUGGUGACGUGGUGGUGCAUGUGGCGAGCGCGCGCGCCCGCACGGCCUCCGCCCCGUGCCCGCGCGACGUGUGCCAAAAGCAGGGCGGCGGCAAGGCGGUCGGCCGGCGCGGGCGAGCGCGUGUCUAGCAGUUAACUCAGGGAUCCUCCUCAAGUGAUCGCGCUCCGCGGCUCCAGGCGGCUGCGCUUGCGGCUGCGGCUGCUGCGGCGACCCGUCGAGGACGCUGGGCCGCGGGCGGGGUCGCAAGUGUGCGUGUCUGCGUGUGAGCGUGAGCGGCGCCGCCAGCGAGGGGCGGGCAGGGCGAGGCGGGCGGCGUGGGCGCGCGAGGACGAGCGCUCCCGAGCCGCCCCGCGAGGCACGGCCGCGCCCCUGCGCUUGCCCGGCGCCCUGAGGUAGCGGGGGUCCGCUGGCCGGCCCUGAGUGUAGCCAGGGGGUCCUCGCCCCCUCCCCCCCUUCCUCCUCCGUGAACUCUCCCUGUGCCACGUGGGUUCAGCGUGUUCCGACCUAUUAUCUUAUUGCUACCAUUACGAUGUUAAUAUUAAGGUUAUGUUGUAAAUGACUUGUCAUGUACAGAAUGUACAGCUCUCCAGUGUUCUUCCCAGACCACCGGGGGAGCCGCGCGCCCCCAGCAUGGAUAACAGAUAAGCUUAUAGGUAGAGCGGCAGUUACUUAAAAAUGAAACAGUAACAAUAAAGUGUUAGUAGUGA